AUGUCAAUCCAAGAAAACACCCAAUCUGUUGAAGCCCCAGUUGUUGCUGCACCAAAAAAGAAAAUGUGUUGUGCUUGUCCAGAAACCAAAAAAACAAGAGAUGAAUGUAUUGUUAAUAAUGGUGAAGAUAAAUGUGCUCAAUUCAUCGAAGCCCACAAAGCCUGUUUAAGAAGUGAAGGUUUUGAUGUUUAA